UGCAGCACUGCACUGACUUCCUCCUCCGUGCGCUGCUCUCGAGAGCUCACCUGGCAACAGCAGGUGUUAAUCGCGCCUGGAGUGGCCGCGCUAUUGUCCACACGAGAACACAAGCACACCGUGGAAGAUGAGUUUUUUUUUCUUCUGCUCGUGUUUAAACGCCUGACGGGCGGGGCUUAUAAUUUAAUCACCGGGAAAUUCACAGAGAUGUUUCGGUAGCAGGUGAGGAAACAGUUUAUGAUCCCUAAUGACGUACAAGAGGGGUCAAACGUGAACCACGACUUCUCCCUUUUAACAGUCGGUUGAGUGUCAUAUUAUGCGUUAGCUGACAAUAUUUCCCUUGAUGAUGUAAUGAUGGACAUCCUGUAUUGAAAUAGAUAUAGGCUACACAGCAAUACUCUGACACAGGUGUGUAUGUGUUUAUGUGUGUGUGAGAGAGAGAGGCCGGGCAAGAGGUGGGAGGGGGGAUUUCGCCUAACCUAUUUUGACAGAAGGAAGUGCUGUGCUGUCAUCCUCAUCCAAAGGGACUAUAAAUACAAUCUCUGCACAGGUAGACAACAUGAACCCUCCAGACCCACAGGUGAACGUUGAUAUUCUACUUGCUUAUUCCCCUCUGAAGAAGACGCUCGUGAACCGGAGAUAUGAAGUGUACCGUUGUCCUUGCCGUUAUGAUGCUGAGCCUGUGUGCUUACCGGGAGGUCACGGGCAAACCUGCGCCAAAAGGCGCCAAGGCUCCGCCACAGCCAAUCAGCCCAGUGCUGCAGAGCCCGGAUACGUACGGUGCAGUGCGCGAGGUGUCGCGACAUGCGCAGAAGGAGGACACGGACACUGAUACAAUUCUCAUUCGCAAACCGAACAUGAAGGAGGACCACCAGAAGGUGUGCUGUCUCCAUGCCAACAUCCUGGGGUACUACCUGAACAGCAUCCUGCCUCUGAGGCACGAUAUGCACCACCAGAUGCCCCAGCUGAGGGAGGACCUGGCCAGGGUCGCCAGGGACCUGAGCACACAUGGAUGUGUUAUCGAUGAAUAUGAGGAUCAUGCAAACAGUGUGGCUUUCAAAAACGAGCUGAAAAGGAUGGGACCGGAGGGAAUCAACAAGGCCAUAGGAGAGAUAGACAUCCUCUUCACUUACCUCACUGACUUCUGUGUGGUGGUCUAGAGGAAGACCCUGACCCCUGACCCCUGACCCCUGACCCCUGACCCCUGACCCCUGAGUCCUGACC